CCGCCGGGGCGUGGGCGGCGGCGGCGCUGGGCCGGGGGGAGCCGCGAGGCCGGGAGCGGGGUAGGCUGCGCCCGUACUUAAGCGGGCUGCCCGAGCCGCUGACGUCUUUCGAAUUGGAGACGGGCUGCCCCCUCCCGCCUCGGGGCUCCCGCGGACACGGCCGGGGACGGAGGUACGAGUAUCUGUCUAGAAUGUCCAGGCAUGCACAACAGCUUAGAGACCAUGAUAUAAAUCCAUGUGUAGCGGAAACAGAUGCCUCUACAAAAUGUAUGGAUGACAACAACUAUAACAAGGAUAUGUGUACUGCUUAUUUUUUGAAGUACAAAAGCUGCAGAAAAUUCUGGCAUGACAUUAUGAUGCAAAGGAGAAGAAAUGGUGUGAAACCAGAGAUGCCCUCAGCAGAAGAGAGAAAGAAAAUGUUGGAAUCAAUGGGGAAGCCCUACUGACUAGAAACUUGCAUUGAUUGACUGUGUUCACUGUACACAUGAAGACUUAUUGGCAGCAAGUUGCCCUUUUCUGAACUGGACUUUACAGUUGCCAUAUCUUGGAUUAAAAUAAGCUCUUAAAUUCUGAAA